CUGGAUGACAGAGCGAAAUUCUGUUUCAAAAAAAAAAGAAGUUCCAGUGGAUCAGAUGAACUCCCUCCUCUCCUUCCUGGCAUUGCCCAGGUAACAGAUCCAGGGGUCCAGGUGGUAGAUUAACAGUGGCAAGACACCUGGAUCCCCGUUCCCCAAACCCCACAUGGCCAAUGCUCUUUGAUAAAGUGGCAACACCUCUCUGAUGCUCAGUUUCCUCUUCAGCAACAGCAGUUAAACAUAAGGGGAUGGUGAGGAGAGGAUGAGUGAGGUUGGGCAGGAGAAUGGGCUCCUGAAGCAAGUCCUGAGGCAAGAGGACAGCAAGAGCCAUCCAGCAGGCAGAGCAGGGCCAGUAGCUCCUCCUUCCCUGGAGGUCCCUGUGGACAAAGUCAGCCCUUCCAACCCUUUGCUUCAGUGUAAGAGGCCCCAGGCAAGGGAAUCCUCCGGGAGUGGGGGCUGAGGGAUGCUCCCUGAUACCCUCCCCCAGUUCUUGGUCUGCACAUUUGCCCCCAUACUUAUUCCCUGGGGGAUAAGCAUGCCCUGUUCUUUCUACCUGCGGUUGGGAUGGGGGAAACCAGAGAAUGGGCAGCUCCUUCCUGGCAAAGAGAGACAGGGCCCUGGAACGACGCUGCUUUCCAGGCAGAACCAGGAGUCCCUCCCUCGCGCCCUCCCCUCCUGUCCCUCACAUCCCCCCCUUCCCUCUGUCACUCUGGCUGGGUUUCAUUUGCUCCUCGUUCUGCGCUCCGCGGUGUCUCCAAAGGCAGAGAAUGCUCUUGGGUGAGUGCUGAGGACACCUGGGCUGGGAAAUGGGGAGAGGGCUUAGGUGAGGGUGGUCCUCUCCCCUCUCCCCAGCCCAAUCCUUUCCGGCUAUAGUUGGCUCCCAAAAGUUGUCUGUCAGAGACACCAGUAGCCAGUUACUCUCAACCCUUUUCCCAGGUUCAAGGCUGGGCAGGGAAGCCCCCACUCUGGCCGAGAACAAAGGUGAAAGGAGGGGCAGGAAUGGUGGGGAGCUGGAGGUCCACCCUGCAGGAAAUAGGGGUGCUGGACAUCUGGGCAGAUGCCUGUUCAGGAGCCCAUGUCAAAGGUUCCAUGUAUCAGACCUCACCUUUAACCGCCUCUGAGGGGCCAGGGGAGCAGGAGACGUCCGAGGGGAGUGAAGAGGGAGCUGUUACUGCAGCAGAGAAAGAGACAGCAGCAGACAGAGGGAGAUGGAAAUCAGGGUGCCUCCUCCCUGAGAUCCAGCCACUGUACCGGGGUCCACACCAAGGCCCCCACCCUGUCUUUAUCCAUGGUCUGCCAGCUCACCUCUCCACACAGAAGGUUGCCUGGCCUUUUUUGAGGGAGACAGCCAUCACCCAUCAAAGGCUGUUUGGGGGAACCCUUUCAUUGGGGGCAAAGGGCUGGAGGCAGUGGGACUGGGGGCAGAGUUUCUGUUGGGACUGGGCUUUGGAGUCUUCCUCCAGCUUAGGGGAGUCUGCACAUCCUGAGUGCUAGAUGACCCAGAAGUGGCUCAGGGACUCUGGAGAAUGUGGGGAGGAAGCCCCUGGCCACGGUGGGAGUGGGCAUGCAGUAUGUCUUGGCUCAACCUCUCACUCCCCACUUUGGCUCUCUCUCCCUGGACUCCCAUAUUCUUCGCAGAGUUUGGGUUUUAUCCAUGAUAGAAAUGGCAGUGUCAUUAUUUGAGAUGUGUUGUGUGCAGGCAUGUGCCUCUGGGAGGACCCUAUCGUCUGCCCCAUGACUUGUGGGUAGGGGGGUGGGAGAAGGAGUGGGAGAGAGACUCCGUUUGGAGACAUGCUCUUUUAAGUCCGAUGCAUUUAAUUUUGUAAGGGGAGUGUGUGUGCACACCGGUCUCUGCAUCUGCAUAUGGAUCUUUGUGUACAUGCAUCUAUCUUUGUGAAGGUGUGUGCCGCUGUGUGCCCAUUGCUGUCCUUGGUCUAUAUCUGCAUUUGUAGGGGUCUGCACAUUCAUGUGCAUCUGUCUCUCUGGGUAUAUGUAUACACAGGUAUGUCUUUGUUGCUUGUGCCCAUCUGUGUAUGCAUGCAUGCUCUUGUGUGGCCAGUGUGCCUGCCUUUGCCUCCCGGCCAGCAUGGGUAUCUGUGUAUCUUGGCAUCAGUACCACCUCCAUAUAAUACAUGGUCUAACUGUGGGGGGAUGUAUGUAUGUGCCUUGAUGUCUAUACCUGCCACUAUCCAUGGGUGAUAUGGGCCUCAGGUUUUGUGUCUCUGUGCUCGUGUGUGUGUGUGUGUGUCUGUCUGUCUGUCUUUUCCCCAUUAUGGCAAAAUAGCAGGAUGUGGUUUUCCCAGAUCUUGUCCCUUGGUGGCAGCCAGGGUGAUGUUAUUUCAUAAGAUUUCUGCUCUGUGCCCUGCCCUAGCCUCGGUUGGACCUUUGGGGGCAGCCUCUUCUCCUGUACUCUGUCUGGCUUGCUCAUACCUCUGACCACACCCCACCCUCUUGAGGCAGUUGGCUAAUGAGCCAUGGCUGCUCCAAGACACUUAGGUGGCUGUUCUGCAGCAAAAUGCUAUCCAAGAAGACCUACCCCCAACCUGACCCUUUUGGGGUGCAGAAUUCUGGACCUGAGGGCUGUGUGGUGCCAUUCGGGGGCAGCUGUGGGGGCUGUGGCUCCCUUCAUUUGAGUGUAGCCAGGAGUCAGGCGGCCACACAUGUGUGUGCAUGUGACUCGCGCACCAUCCCAGCAGCCCUGGGGCUGGGGUUCACAGUGAAUGUCAGAGGCAGAUGGUGGGUGGCACAGAGCAGUGCUGCAUGGAGGAUGCUGGGGCGGAGGAGUUCCCAGCAGCCACUGGUAGGGCUGGGACCUCAAAUCAACAUGCACCCUAGGCCUUUUGCAGAAGAGCAGUGUACCCAAUUGUGAGGGGACUGGAAGACAUUUCUGGGUGACUUGGUGCUGUCUGGAAGGGAGACUGGGUCAUUCUCUUGACAUUCCCUUGACCCACGGCAGCAGUCCAGCCCCCUCUCUGAAUGGCCUCCACACCCGGCACCGCAUUUGGUCUUCAGACCCAUUUCUGUCCUGCCCUAGCCUCCUCCCCGGGUUGUAAUUCCCGCUUUACAGAUGAGGAAACAGGCUCAUAGCUAAGUGUCCAGUCCAAGGCCUCAGAGUUAAAUAUAACUGGAGCUCCAUCCCAGGCCUCUGGACUCCACACCUCCACGUCUGGGAGGGUUGGGGUGCCACAACAGCACAUUUAUCCUGCAGGGAACCUCCUCAAUUCACCUCUCAGGGUAACGCAGACAGGGAUGAGGGUCGGCUGUGUAUCAGAGUUCUAGAAAAAGGUCAAUCCAACCUCCCUCCCUCUUCCCCACUCUGUCAACCCCACUGCAAAUAACUCACUAGGCUAAAACAAUGAGCUUCCCAGUUCCAACUCCUCCGAAGGAGGCUCCCCAUCAGGUGGGAAGGUCCAAAUCCCCAGCAUUCCCCUAGAGCCAUCCAGCAUCAGGCACUGCCCCCACCCACCCCAAUUCUUCAUGAACCUGCAGCGACCUGUCAACUUCCAGAGGAGAUCUUUGCUCUGCCAUCCCACGGCCUGGAGUGCCCUUCCCCUAGUAAUAGUUCACUUACCCAGAAUGCUGCGAACCCUAAUUGACCCUCCCAGCAGACCUUCAGCUGAUCGCCCCCUCCUUGGUGAUCCCAAAGCACUUGCUUCUAAACUCUCAGAGCACUUUGCAGCCUCCACGGCGCUCUACCUGUCUGUCUCUUACGGCUGUGAGCCCCUCGAGGAACCCUGGAUACAUGCGCGGACCGAAUGAACCCCGGCACCGCGCUGCUUGCGGUCUAGCCUCAGUGGCUCCUGCUGCGGCGCGUGCGGCUGCAGGGGCCGGAGGGUGGGGCCGGGGCCGGGCUGAGCAAGCUGGGCGGGAGGCGCGGCAGGUGGGCGCGGCCAGGUGAGCCCGGGGACGCCGCCCGCCCUGCCCGCGACCCCGGCCGGCGCCGGCUGCUGGCGCCUCUUCGCCCCCGUUGCCGCUAGUGGCUGCUGUCGCUCCGUGGAGCCCAAGGAGACCGCGGCCAGAGCGUCCACCGCCCAAGAUGGUGGUUCCUGUGUCUCCUCUCCCACCCACGGAGCACGAAUAAACUCUUCAGGCUGAGAUGGAUGGGCCCUGUUAGCCUGGCGGGCUGCCCCCAGCCUGCCUCCCCAUCAACUCCUCUUGUCAAGGGAGGUGCCUCUGUGUGGGGGGGAGGCAGGGGGGCAAGAGCAUUCAGGUGGGGGUUGGGAGUUCCUUGCUCAGAGAGCAAGAAUGGUGCCCCCAGGGAAGAAACCAGCGGGAGAGGCCUCCAACUCCAACAAGAAGUGUAAGCGUUACUUCAACGAGCACUGGAAAGAGGAGUUUACCUGGCUGGACUUUGACUAUGAGCGGAAGCUGAUGUUCUGCCUCGAGUGCCGCCAGGCCCUGGUACGGAACAAGCAUGGCAAAGCCGAAAACGCCUUCACUGUGGGCACUGACAACUUCCAGCGCCACGCCCUGCUGCGCCAUGUGACCUCAGGAGCCCACCGCCAGGCUCUGGCUGUCAACCAGGGCCAGCCCCCUUUUGAGGGCCAGGCCGAGGGUGGAGGGGCCUGCCCAGGCCUGGCUACGACCCCCGCCUCCAGGGGCGUCAAGGUGGAGGUAGACCCGGGCAAAGUGGCUGUGCUGACUACCGUGUACUGCAUGGCAAAGGAGGAUGUGCCCGACGACCGCUGCUCUGCCCUGCUCGAGCUGCAGAGGUUCAACCUGUGCCAGGCACUGCUGGGCACAGAGCAUGGCGAUUACUACAGUCCCAGGAGGGUGAGGGACAUGCAGGUGGCCAUUGCCAGUGUCUUGCACACAGAGGCCUGCCAGCGCCUGAAGGCAUCCCCAUAUGUGGGGCUGGUGUUGGACGAGACCAGAGACUGGCCGGAGUCACACAGCCUGGCCCUGUUUGCCACUUCGGUGUCCCCCUGUGAUGGCCAGCCUGCCACCACCUUCCUGGGCAGUGUGGAGCUACAGGAGGGCGAGGCCACUGCUGGCCAGCUCUUGGACAUCCUGCAGGCUUUCGGCGUAUCUGCACCCAAGCUGGCCUGGCUCAGCUCAAGCCUCCCCAAUGAGCGCCUGGGGAGUGUGGGCCCACAGCUCCGGGCCACUUGCCCACUGCUGGCAGAGCUGCACUGCCUCCCUGGCCGCACAGAUCCUGAGCCCCCCGCCUACUUGGGUCAAUAUGAGAGCAUAUUGGAUGCCCUAUUCCGCCUCCAUGGUGGUCCUAGUUCCCAUUUGGUCCCUGAGCUCCGGGCAGCACUGGACCUUGCAGCUAUUGACUUGGCAGGGCCUCGGCCAGUGCCCUGGGCCUCCCUGCUGCCUGUCGUGGAAGCAGUGGCAGAGGCCUGGCCUGGCCUGGUGCCCACCCUGGAGGCUGCAGCCCUUGCCUCACCUGUGGCAGGGUCACUGGCCCUGGCCCUGCGCCAGUUCACCUUCGUGGCCUUCACCCACCUGCUGCUGGAUGCCCUGCCCUCUGUGCAGAAGCUCUCCCUUGUCCUGCAGGCAGAAGAGCCGGACAUGGCCUUGCUGCAGCCCCUGGUGAUGGCGGCUGUGUCCUCCCUCCAAGCUCAGCGCGGCUCAGGUGGGGCCCGCCUCCAGGGCUUCCUGCAGGAACUGGCAUCCACGGACCCUGACACCAGCAGCGGGCGCUGCACCUACCGCGGCGUGGAGCUGCUCGGUUACUCAGAGGCUGCGGUCCGGGGCUUGGAGUGGCUCCGGGGGUCCUUCCUGGACUCCAUGCGGAAGGGCCUACAGGACUCCUACCCCGGGCCUUCGCUGGACGCCGUGGCUGCCUUCGCGGCGAUCUUCGACCCCCGCCGCUACCCUCAGGCGCCAGAGGAGCUGGGCGCGCAUGGCGAGGGGGCGCUGCGGGUGCUGCUGCGCGGCUUUGCGCCUGCCGUGGUGCGCCAGCGGGCGCUAGGGGACUUCGCGCUGUUUAAGCGCGUGGUGUUCAACCUUGGGCGGCUCGGCCCGCGGGCCUUGUGCACUCAGCUGGCGUGCGCGCACUCGGAGCUGCACGAGCUCUUCCCCGACUUCGCUGCCCUAGCCGCUUUGGCUUUGGCACUGCCCGCGGGCGCUGGCCUGCUGGACAAGGUCGGCCGCAGCCGGGAGCUGCGGUGGUGGGGGCAGAGCGGGGUCGGGGAAGGCCGGGGGGGCCACGUGGUGAAGAUCGCAGUGGAUGGGCCCCCGCUGCACGAGUUUGACUUUGGGUUGGCUGUAGAGUUCUUAGAGAGUGGGUGGGGAGAGGGCUUCCUGGGGUCGCAGCUCACCUGAGGGUGGCCUCCUUCUCUCGGCCCAGCCAGCUUGGGGCCCUUAGGGCCAACCUAGACUUGACCAUGCUGCACCCAAGAUGAUCUGCUGACUGUGGCCUCCCAGGGGCCUGAGGCCACCCACCCACCCUUCUGGAGCUUCCCACCAACCCCAUCCUGUAGGCUGUGGAGGAAGGGACUGGUUCAAGAGGGGCCUGGGUGGGUGGGCAGAGAUGCUAGGAUCUGGGGCACCCUAAAUCAUUCCUGGCCUUUACACAGUUAGAUGAGGAGUAGCUCACCCUUUUUCCUUCUGGAUUCGGCCCAAGUUUGGGCUCCCCCCAGAAAUAUGGGAGUUCUUGGCUUGGGGGAGGAAGACUAGGUCUUGGGAAUUGAGUGGCUGAGGGAAGGGACGCUGGUCCUUGGCUGUUUCUUUCUUUUUCUUUCUUUCUUUUUCUUUUUUUGAGAUGGAGUCUUGCUCUGUCGUUCAGGCUGGAGUGCACUGGCACAAUCUCGGCUCACUGCAACCUCUGCCUCCUGGGUUCAAGCAAUUCUCCUGCCUCAGCCUCCCGAGUAGCUGGGAUUGCAGGCGCCCACCACCACACCUGGCUAAUUUUUAUAUUUUCAGUAGAGACGGGGUUCCACCAUGUUGGCCAGGCUGGUCUUGAACUCCUCACCUCAAGCGAUCCACCUGCCUCGGCCUCCCAAAAUGCUGGGAUUACAGGCAUGAGCCACCGCGCCCUGCCCUUGGCUGUUUCUUAGUCCCACUCCCGGCAGUGUCUCUUCUCUUCAGCUAUGACUGGGGAGUAGAUGACCGUGCUUGUUUCUGACACACAGCACAGUGUCCUCUCUGUACACAAGCUGGUGGUUCAAGGGCCAAUGGUUCCGGGGAGACAGUGUUUCCCUUCCUCCCCUCCUCACCAAUGGGCUGCCUCAGGCCUUUUCUGUGUAUAACUGUGUAUAUAGACAUAAAACCUACAAAUGUGAAAUAAACCUAUGCUAUCUUUCAUAGUGUUACCACACAAACAUCUAAAAGGACUACUUUUGGUUUUGCAAUGACAGGGUCCAAAAAUGCCCCAGAUGGGCUGGAUUUAUUUUUUCUAAUUUUUUAUUCCUCAAAGUCCAGUUGCUCUCCAAGUUCCUAUCCCUCCCCUGCCCUUGCCCCAGACCUUUAAUUAAGACCAAAGACUGCAAAUCCCCAGUGCUGUACCUGCCGCCUCCGAGGACUGGCCUCAAGGCCCAACCCAGGGACGCUGGCUUAUUUGCCUCCUGCGGGAAGCAGUUUAGACCUCACCAGAGCUGGGGAACACAUCCCUUCAGAGCCCAUGGGUUUCCCAUUCCCUCCUGUCAGCCCUGGCUGUGAAAGCCUGGGGAUCUGGAGGGAGGGAGGAUAGUUAGAGAGUGACAGGGGCGAGAGCUGGCCUUUUCCUAAUAUCCCUGGGUUUGAGUUUAAUUUGCAAUAAAAUGGAAUCCCAGCACAUCA